AUGGUGGCCGGCCAAUGCCUGGCCAUGGGCAACGGUUCCAUAAAAGUCCCGCGGGCUGAGGAGAACAGCUGCCUGGCCUCCAUCCACACAGACCCCCCAGGCCUGGACAAAGACAUCCUCAGGCUGCGGAUCACCCAGCUGGAGGAGGAGCUGGCCCGUCGGGAUCAGGAGUUCCGGGCCCAGGAGCUUCAGCUGCAGUAUCUCCAGAGUGAGCUGGAGGCCAAGGUCUCCCAGGUGGACAAGCUCCAGGAUGCUAUUGGCUACAACAGCAGUCUGGGCUGCUCCCCCCAGCCCCGGCGCCCCCGGCGCCCCCCCCGCUUCAGCGUCAUCAACCAGGCCCCCAGCCGCUUCCACAGGGUGGCUGUGGAGGUGCACCGCCGCCUCAGAGCCAAAGAGGGCGUUUCUGCAGAGCCUACCUCAGAAAACUUCUGCGGGGGGUUCAGAGCAGCUCACACCCCCACUGUAAAGUCUGUCCGCAAAGACUCACAAACCAAGAAACUCAUCAACAGUGCCAUCAUGAACAAUGACUUUCUGAAGAAGCUGGAACCGCAGCACAUGAGGGAGAUGGUGGACUGCAUGUACGAGAAGGUUUACACCGAGGGACAGCUGGUCAUCCAGGAGGGGGAACCUGGAAACUACCUCUAUGUCCUGGCAGAUGGCCUGCUGGAGGUCUUCCAGAAUGGGAAGCUGCUGGGGGAGAUGCGUCCUGGAACUGCAUUUGGAGAGCUGGCCAUACUGUACAACUGUAAGAGAACAGCCACGGUCAAAGCUGUGUCCCAGUCUCACAUCUGGGCUCUGGACCGGCAGACUUUCCAGACCAUCAUGAUGCAGAGUACACAGGCGCGCCAUGACGAGUACUUCAGCUUCCUGUGCAGUGUGUCCCUUCUCCGUGGACUGCCUGAGGAGAAGCUGGCCAAGGUUGUGGAUUGUCUUGAAGUGGACUAUUUUGAAAAAGGGGAGUAUAUCAUUCGAGAGGGUGAAGAAGGAAACACUUUCUUUAUUAUUGCAAAAGGAGAGGUGAUUGUCACUCAGAGCACAGAGGGGCUGGCUGAACCACAGGAAAUCAAGACGUUGGGAGUUGGAGAUUACUUUGGAGAAAAAGCUCUGAUCAGUGAGGAUGUUCGCUCAGCCAACAUUAUCUGCAAUGAGAACGACACACACUGCCUGGUGGUGGACAGAGACAAUUUCAACCAAAUGGUGGGAACCUAUGAGGAGCUCCAGGCUUAUCUGAAGGAAUAUGUAGAUGAGCUUUCCAGGAGUGAUGAGAGGAGAAACGCCCUGCCCCACUCCCCUCAUAUUGACUCUGCAGAGGCCCAGGAGCUGAGGAGGCUGAGGGAGAAGAUUUCCCUCCUGCCUUUCAAGGAUCUGGAGGUCAUCGCGACUCUGGGCAUGGGAGGGUUUGGACGAGUGGAGCUGGUAAAGCUGAAGGACGAGGACACCACGUUUGCUCUGAAGUGCAUUAAGAAGAAGCACAUCGUCGACACCAGACAGCAGGAGCACAUCUACUCUGAGAAAAACAUCCUUCAGCAGACCAACUCUGCGUUCAUCAUCAGGUUAUUCCGAACAUAUCGGGAUGAUAAGUUUGUCUACAUGCUGCUGGAGGUGUGUCUUGGUGGAGAGCUGUGGACUGUGCUGCGGGACAUGAGCUAUUUUGAAGAGCCCACAGCCAGGUUUUGUACUGGUUGUGUCUUAGAGGCCUUUGAUUACCUCCACACUUUGGGCAUCAUCUACAGAGACCUGAAACCUGAAAACCUUCUGCUGGAUGCUGAGGGUUAUGUCAAAAUGGCAGAUUUUGGCUUUGCUAAAAAGAUCGGCCUUGGAAAGAAGACCUGGACAUUCUGUGGGACUCCAGAAUAUGUGGCCCCCGAAGUCAUUAUGAACAAAGGUCAUGACUUUGGAGCUGAUUGCUGGUCCUUAGGAAUCCUCAUAUUUGAACUUCUCACUGGCAACCCUCCCUUUGCAGGCACAGACCCCAUAAAGAUAUACACCAUGGUCCUCCAUGGCAUUGAGAAGGUUGACUUCCCUAAAAGAAUAGGGAAGCGUCCAGACGACCUUAUCAGGAGACUCUGCAAGCUAAAUCCAGUCGAGAGGCUGGGAAACAAAAAGAAUGGCAUCAUUGACAUCAAAAAACACAAGUGGUUCCAGGGCUUCAACUGGGAAGGUUUGAGGCGUCACAAGCUGCCGUCCCCAUUGAGGAGAGAGCUGAAGGGCCCAAUGGAUCACAGUCAUUUCGACUUGUUCCCUCCUGACACAGAGGAACCUCCUGAUGAGCUGUCUGCUUGGGAUAAGGACUUCUGA